UUUGAAUGGUGGAAGUGCAGCCUAAAAUUGAACCAUAUUCCCCGUCGAAAUCUCAUGGACAGGAUUUAGUUAAUGGCCACUCCAAUGGAGUUGUUAAAAAAGAGAUAGAAACGGAAAAUGUUAAAACAGAAAUUAAAGACGAGCCCGAAACAGGGGAACGUGAGAAAAAGAAAAAGCACAAGGACAAAGACAAGAAGAAGAAAAAAGACAAACAUAAAGAAAAGAAAGACAAACACAGAAACAAAGACGAGAAAAAACUCAAAAAGCACAAAGAAAAGAAGCGGAAAGCAUCAACUGGCGGUGACAGUGAUGAAGAUGUUAAACGAAAAAAAGUUAAAACAGAACCCGGUACUCCUGCUAAGAAGCGUGCAUCUCAAGGCGCUCAAAGCACUCCCGCGAAGAAAGUUAAAAAGGAGGAAGCCGCUGUAUGGAAGUGGUGGGAAGAAGAACCUCUUCCCGAGGGCCAGAGAUGGAGAACCCUAGAACAUAAGGGAAUAGUGCUUGCCCCUCCCUACGUACGAAUGCCAGACCAUGUUCAUUUUUAUUACGAUGGAAAACCUUUGAGGUUGUCAGAAGCAUCAGAAGAAGUUGCAACUUUUUAUGCCAAAAUGUUGGACCACGAUUACACGCAAAAAGAAGUGUUCAAUAAAAACUUUUUCAAUGACUUUAGGGGGGAAAUGACCAAAGAGGAACGAGAAUUAAUUACUGACCUUAGACGGUGCAAUUUUAAAGAAAUGCACGAAUAUUUUAAAGAGCAGGCAGAAAUGAGACGGAACAGAUCUAAGGAAGAGAAAAAGGCGGAAAAAUUGAAAAAUGAAGCUCUCAUAGAAGAAUAUGGGUAUGCAAUAGUAGAUGGACACAGACAACGCGUCGGGAAUUUCAGAAUUGAACCACCCGGAUUGUUCAGAGGAAGAGGGGAGCAUCCCAAAAUGGGCAAACUGAAACGAAGGAUAUACCCUGAAGAUGUUAUCAUCAAUUGUUCCAAGGGUGUUCGCAUUCCGUGUCCGGAGGGCCACAAGUGGAAAGAGAUCAGACAUGACAGCACAGUCACCUGGCUGGCAUGCUGGACUGAGAACGUGCAGAACGGAGGCAAGUAUGUAAUGUUGGGUGCCACUUCAAGACUGAAAGGGGAGAAGGACUGGCUGAAGUACGAGAAGGCCAGACAUUUGCACAGUUACAUUGACCAGAUAAGAGAGGACUACGUGGCACAGUUUAAGGCUAAAGAGAUGGUUGUCAGACAGAGAGCCGUAGCGCUCUAUUUCAUCGACAAGUUAGCUCUAAGAGCGGGUAAUGAGAAGGACUCAGACGAACAGGCUGACACUGUUGGUUGCUGUUCUCUGCGAGUAGAACACGUCAAGUUACAUGACAGCAUAGAGGAUAAGGAGAACGUGGUCGAGUUCGACUUCCUCGGAAAGGACUCCAUCAGAUACCACAACUUCGUUCCUGUCGACAAGAGGGUCUACAAGAAUCUGAAGCUGUUUCUGGAGAACAAGGAGCCAGGAGAUGAUCUUUUCGAUCGGCUGACAACUGCAUCGUUGAACAAGUAUCUUACGGACCUGAUGGAGGGACUCACGGCCAAGGUUUUCAGGACAUACAAUGCGUCUAAGACACUUCAGGAACAACUCGACAAAAUGACGAAUGCUGACAACAGUAUCCCGGAGCAGAUGUUGACAUACAACAGGGCUAACAGGGAAGUGGCCAUUCUGUGUAACCAUCAGCGGAGUGUGCCGAAGAGCCACGAGAAGAGUAUGGAGAACCUGAACAACAAACUGAAGGACAAACAGGCCAGUUACAUGGAAGCGAAGAAGGAGUACAAACAUGCCAAGGAACAGUUCAAGAAGAGCAAGACCAGAAAAGACAAGGAAGCGAUGGAUAAGAAAAAAACCGCUCUGUCGAGGGUAGAAGAACAGAUUAACAAACUGCAGAUUCAGAUGACAGACAAAGAUGAGAACAAGGAGAUCGCAUUGGGCACCUCUAAACUCAACUAUCUAGACCCCAGAAUCACGGUCUCAUGGUGUAAAAAAUUCAACGUUCCAAUUGAAAAAUGUUUCAACAAGACUCAGCGUGAGAAGUUUGCAUGGGCCAUUGCUAUGGCGGACGAAUCAUACUCGUUCACAGACAUUUCAAACAUACAGAGUCUAACUCAGAUCAACAGCAGGAGUAACGAGGCGGACAAGGCAGACAAACAGAGUGGGGAGGGAGGGGAUAAGAAGAGUCGUUCGAGUGGAAGCAAGAGCAGCAAGCAUAACACAUCUCAGGACGAAGAGGAGGACGAGGAGGAAGAAGAAGAAGAGGAAGAAGAAGACGACGAGUGAACAGAACCUACAAAAACGCAAACCGAAUCAGCGCUGCCUCUUUUCUGUGAUAAAAAUGAUGCUAGUCGACCUCUCUUCUCUCCUCUCCGUAAUGAAAAGUGGCUCUGACAACAUCGACCUCAACUUUUGUUUAAAUCUACCUGAAAUGAGAUCCAUGAAAGCCUCUAAUCUCUUCUCACUCCUAUUUUUCAUCUUCAUCCUCAGCUCUAAGCAGCUUAAAUUGUCGCUUUUUGGAAACCAAAAUUUAUAGCUAUUUUGAUGGAGCGAACUAAUUUUCGUUCGAAGUUUGAUUUAUUUGAAAAGCCCCAAUAUAUCAGUAACCUUAUUUGUUCAUUGAAUUGAACCGUCCUGAGAAAUUGGCAGAAAAUGUAGUACAAUUUUUGUUGUGAUUUGUGGUGCAAUUCUGCAUGUGCUCUGGGAAGUUGCUUUUCUUGCUGACCUAUCUGAUGUGAACUUACAAAUGAACUGUUUUUUUUUUACAGUAGACCGAUAAAAUCUUUCCGUGCUAUUAAAAUGUGAUGUAAACGUGCAGUUAAAAUUGUCUAUUUUAUUACAACGCAACUUUUUAUCAUGCUUUUGUGAACUGAACAUCCACAAAAAAAUGGCGUUUCUCUUGAAAAUUUUCAAAUAGUUGACCGCAAACUUGCGAAAGGAUCUCGCAGACCAGUUUUGGUGUAACUCAUUUUCUGAUUUGUUAUAAUGCUUCGAAUAUAAUUCAACUGGGCAAGUUUUCGCAACUCAAUAGAGAAUCUGAUCGUACUUGAACGAAAACCCAUUUUAAAUAUUUGCUACAACUUGUGAUGGGGUGAUUUGGCUAAUAUAUAACCUAAGUUUUCGCCUGUUGGAUAUUUUGUGAAGACGAAUAUAAUGUAUCUUAUGAUCUUAUCUUAUUGCCAAAGGAAUAAUUCAAUUAGUGCUUUUGUAA